AUGUCUGUUAAUCUUGUGAAACACAAUGGAGGAUGUCACUGUGGAAAAGUUCGGUUCGAGGUGUUAGCUAAACCCGAGCUCAGGGCCUACGACUGCAAGUAAGUAGUCGUGCAUUCUGUAUUUCUGAAAUUUCUCGAAAUCAACAUUCAAUUGAGCAGUACAUCAAACAGUCAGUUCUUAAAAGGGUUUUGUUUAAAAAGGUCUAUUCCAUUUCCUUUUUUUUCGACAGCUGUUCUAUCUGUGUCAAAAAAGGAAUGAAGCCUUUCCUGAUUCCAAAGGAAAAUUUCAAGCUUCUACAGGUACGAAACAAAUUGGUAUCUUUCCCACUAACCCGCGAUUUACUUUUGUUAGAAAAUCAAGCCCGGUCUCCAACUAGGCCACGAAUCAUUAAUAAAAAAUACACAUUUCUGUUAAUUUCUAGAAUCAUCCACAAUUUUAUUGUGUCAGUUAAAUACACAUUGAAAUAGUUCAGAGCGUGCCUUCCACAUAAAAUUAUUAUACCUUCAACAAAAGGGGUGGUGGGGUGGGGUGGGGUGGGGAUGCAGUAGUCUCUGGGGGAAGGGUGCUACAAAGUUACAUAUUUGGAUCAAUUUAGGUUUCUGAGAAACUGUCCACCUACCCCUCCUCUAAGCUAACAUUACCGCUUACUUCUUACUUAGGACAAAAUGAUGGCUUAGGGGAGGGGUAGGUGGGCAGUUUCCCAGAAACCUAAGUUGAUCCCUUUAAUUUUGGAUGCUCACAUUAUUCUAGCUUUGCAUAACUUCAUUUUUGAUCCGUAUUAACUUAAUUAGUAAUUUAUGGAAGAUUGGAUAAAAGUACUGCCCCUAAUAACAUCUCAGAUUCUACUAGUCCAGCCUUUAACCACUCAAAAGCCUCAAAAANUAAUAAAAAAUACACAUUUCUGUUAAUUUCUAGAAUCAUCCACAAUUUUAUUGUGUCAGUUAAAUACACAUUGAAAUAGUUCAGAGCGUGCCUUCCACAUAAAAUUAUUAUACCUUCAACAAAAGGGGUGGUGGGGUGGGGUGGGGUGGGGAUGCAGUAGUCUCUGGGGGAAGGGUGCUACAAAGUUACAUAUUUGGAUCAAUUUAGGUUUCUGAGAAACUGUCCACCUACCCCUCCUCUAAGCUAACAUUACCGCUUACUUCUUACUUAGGACAAAAUGAUGGCUUAGGGGAGGGGUAGGUGGGCAGUUUCCCAGAAACCUAAGUUGAUCCCUUUAAUUUUGGAUGCUCACAUUAUUCUAGCUUUGCAUAACUUCAUUUUUGAUCCGUAUUAACUUAAUUAGUAAUUUAUGGAAGAUUGGAUAAAAGUACUGCCCCUAAUAACAUCUCAGAUUCUACUAGUCCAGCCUUUAACCACUCAAAAGCCUCAAAAAUUUUUUAUUAGGGAGGGAAGAGGACAGAUCUGUCAACUGAUCAAUAGAAAAAUUUCUCUUUUACUUUCUUUUUUUAGGGCAAGGACAAUCUGUCUUGUUACACAUACAACACUCACCAAGCCAAACACUUUUUUUGCAAAACCUGUGGGAUCCAUUCUUUCUACACUCCUCGCACCUCCCCUGAUGCAUGUGGCAUUUCACCAUAUUGUUUAGAUGAAGGAACUGUGACCAAAAUGGAUAUUAUCCCUUGUGAUGCCAAAAACUGGGAAAAGUGGCAGCAGUAUCUGAAGGAGAAUCCUAAAGCAGCUGACUGCACAGAAAACACCUCUUAG